CUGAGCAAGGAGAAGCCAUGGCCACGACAACCUGUACGCGAUUCACAGACGAGUACCAGCUGUACGAGGAGCUGGGGAAGGGAGCCUUCUCAGUGGUGCGGAGAUGUGUCAAGCUGUGCACAGGACAGGAGUACGCCGCCAAAAUCAUCAACACCAAAAAGUUAUCUGCAAGAGAUCACCAGAAGCUGGAGCGAGAGGCUCGGAUUUGUCGCCUGUUGAAACACCCCAACAUCGUUCGUCUUCAUGACAGUAUAUCAGAGGAAGGGUUCCACUACCUCCUGUUUGACUUGGUGACCGGAGGUGAACUGUUUGAGGACAUCGUAGCCAGAGAGUAUUACAGCGAGGCCGAUGCCAGUCAUUGCAUCCAGCAGAUCCUGGAGGCGGUGCUUCACUGCCAUCAAAUGGGCGUGGUGCACCGGGACCUUAAGCCGGAGAACCUGCUCCUGGCAAGCAAAUGUAAGAAUGCCGCAGUGAAGCUGGCCGACUUUGGCCUGGCCAUCGAGGUACAGGGGGAUCAGCAGGCCUGGUUUGGGUUUGCUGGCACACCGGGGUACCUGUCCCCUGAGGUACUGAGGAAGGAGGCAUAUGGCAAACCCGUGGACAUCUGGGCCUGCGGGGUGAUCCUCUACAUCCUGCUGGUGGGUUACCCUCCUUUCUGGGACGAGGACCAGCACAAGCUGUACCAGCAGAUCAAGGCUGGGGCUUACGAUUUCCCUUCCCCAGAGUGGGACACAGUCACCCCAGAGGCCAAAAACCUGAUCAACCAGAUGCUGACCAUCAACCCGGCCAAGAGGAUCACUGCUCAGGAGGCCCUCAAGCACCCAUGGGUCUGCCAACGAUCCACAGUGGCGUCUAUGAUGCACAGACAGGAGACCGUGGAGUGCCUGAAGAAAUUCAAUGCCAGGAGGAAACUCAAGGGGGCCAUUCUCACUACCAUGCUGGUUUCUCGAAAUUUCUCUGCAGCUAAGACCCUGCUCAACAAAAAGGCAGACGUCAAGAAACGCAAGUCCAGCUCUACUGUCCAGUACAUGCCCCAGACAAACAGCACCAAAAACAGCAUAGUCACCAGCCCCAAAGGAAACGUCCCUUCACCUGCUCUGGAACCUCAGACAACCGUCAUCCAUAAUCCAGUGGACCGAACAAAGGAGUCGUCGGACAGCAGCAACACCACUGUGGAGGAUGAAGAUGUGAAAGGGAAGAGCGUAGACAACAGCUCACUUAAGGCGCAGUCCAGCACGAGCUCUCAGCCCGAUAGCUCUCAGGGCUCCUCAGCUGCCGUGUACUCGCGCAAGCAAGAAAUUAUCAAGAUCACCGAGCAGCUGAUAGAGGCGAUCAACAAUGGAGACUUUGAGGCAUAUGCUAAGAUCUGCGACCCUGGACUGACUUCGUUUGAGCCGGAGGCGCUGGGCAACCUGGUGGAGGGGAUGGAUUUCCACAGAUUUUACUUUGAGAACCUUUUGGCCAAGAACAGCAAGCCCAUUCACACCACCAUCCUGAACCCCCACGUCCACCUGAUCGGCGAGGACGCUGCCUGCAUCGCCUACAUCCGCCUGACUCAGUUUGUCGACAGCCAGGGCCGGCCGCGCUCCAACCAGUCGGAGGAGACUCGCGUCUGGCACCGCAGAGACAGCAAGUGGCAGAACAUCCACUUCCACUGCUCAGGCGCACCGGCCGCGCCGCUCCAGUGAGGGUUGAAUGCCGUAGCCUUGUCUGUGAGGAGUGCUCUGCUGGAAAGAGAGAGGAAGAGGAGGAGGAGGAGGAAGGGAUGAAGGGAUGAAAGAACAAGUCCAGUGUCGGUUUGGGGACAGGGGUUCCUCAGCCCUUCAACAACAUACCCGCCCCCCUCAAUAGACGCCCGAGCCUCAACCCCCAGCAUGCAUCGCUUCUUUUACUACUACUACCACCCCCCGUCUGUCGCCCUCCCUGCAACACCUUCUGAGAACCAUCAAACAACAGCAACUCAACCCCCCCCCCCCCCCUUCCUCUUCCUCCCUCCAGCACACUGGGUGAUUGGUGGGGGCGGGGCUGCUUUCAGCACUCGUGUGAUUCCUUCUUCCUGUGGUCGCUUCCCCGGCCCCACAAUUUUUGUGACACCAACCCUCUUGUCCUCCUGUGAAUCCACACUUGUGUGACAUAAGCACUGCACUGGAAAUACAUAAAGUGCUAUGUGCUUUUGAUGAUAUAAAGUGCUUGUGCCAGGGGUGGCAGGAUUGAACCGAUUGACUUUGCAGCACUGAAGACUGAUUUUGUGGGAGUUUGACUCGCCGUCAGCCCCGCUCGACUUUGCUCGUCCACCGUUGGCUGCCUUCACAUUUGUCUCGCCCCUAUUGGUCAGACCAAGAUAUUAAGAGACCGGGCAGUCGGUUUGGUGAAUAGUCCUCAGGUUUCUAUUUAUUUGAAUAUUUAUUUAUUUAUUUUAGUGGAUAUUUUUAUUGUGCUUUUUUCUUUUUCUUUCUUUUCUCUUUUUUUUUUUUUUUUUGGUUUUGCCAUUGUACAGAUUAUGCACUUGUGCAAAUACUGUCUGUUGUUUAGGGGACACUGCUCCAUGUAAAACAUGACUGUUUUUAAAGGGAUAGUACACCCAGGUGCAUCCUGCAUGUGUUUUUCUGUAACGACCAACGUGGUGUGAAUUACUUUUUCUCUUAGUGAGAUUUUUCUCUCCUGUAACUUCAGAUUUACGCCGGCUUUGACAUUAUUUUUGCAGUUUCGUGGCGUCCUUUUUUUUUCCCUUCCAAUUAGGGUCACAUUACCAUUUUGCUAGAGUGGGACAUUUAUUACUUUAAAACUCAUAUAAUACAGGAUGGUAUUUUGUGUGAACUAUCCCUCUAAAAGCUUCAUGGCCUUUUUUUUUUUAAGGUGAUGAAGCUUUUUUCCAAACGAAGGUUUUUUUUCAGGGUGAACCGCUGAGUCGUUGUAUUGUACUGAUGUCACAGUAACAAUGUUCAUGUCUAGUUGACCCUGAUGUAAUAGUAAAAGGUCAAAGGUUACCCGGAGGCGUUCAUGCGUGAUCGUGCUAACUGAACAUGACCCCCCCCACACUCCUUUUCCAAAAAAAAAAGAAGAAAUAGCAGCGUGUACAGUACAAAUGUGUUGUUAUUCUGUUCUCCUUAGUGUGUUUACUAGCCUUGAAAAUCAGUAUAAUAAGAUUCACAUAUUUAAAAUGAGGGAGUACACAGUGUUACACAAAUGCAACUAAUUAGCAGCGUAGCUGGCUUUUUCUUUGCAUGACAGUCAACAGGACACUUGUUUUUUGUUUUUUGGGGUGUUUUCCUUUUUACCUGGUUUCUCAUUUUCUACUGAAUGCUGGUAUACUCGACCUUUCUCUAUCUAUUUUCGCAGCUUUCUAAGUGCAUAUAACUAUUUUUGUCUCAAGAUGAUACAAUGAAGACGAUUAUGACGAUCAGGGCGAUUAGAUUUAAUGACUGUGGCACUUAGGAUGACUUUGAGGAUUUUGACGCUGAUGAUGAUGAUGAUGAUGAUGAUGAUGAUUAUUUCGCAUGCUUUUCUAUGUUGUCAGUGCAGAAUGGCCUUUUGUACUUAGCUGAGGGAGUACGAGCAGCACGUGAUGACCAUCAGCACCUGAGAGUGACUGGUGUUUUUUUCCGCUGAGCCUGCCCCGCAUGUCACUUUGAGGAGCGGCACUGGAGUCCCACUGACAGAUUAGAGGCAGUUCACAGAGUGAAUGAGCUCCAGCAGGUGGCGCAGUCACACCAAGUAAAGCACAAACAGGCACAGAUGGAGGGCAGAUUGAUGCUUCUAAUGUAGCUGCACAAUAGGUUAAUUUUAGGGUCCAGUCCAACAGGGACCAUCCAGUCAGAGACAACAGCAGUUUAGCGCUGUAGAAUAAGAACCAGCUUCCAUGAUGAUUAAUGAUCAGGGCUGCACAGUUAUGACUGAAAUGGCACCAACACCACUGAUGAAUCACGAGUGUGUGUGAACUAUCAAAGCUAAAAAUCCUGAUUGAAAGUGAUGAGUUAUGCAACCCUACAUACAAACCACGAUAACUGUCCUCCUCUAGUCUCUUGAGGUCAGUGCGAGCUCUGCUGCCUCUCUGUCAGCUAUUUAGUCAGAUGAAGCGUUACUAAGAUAAACUGGAGCCACUGUGUUCGCUCCGAGCCUCUGCCAUCUUCUUACUCCAGCCAGUGACUUAAGUUGCACUGACAACACUGAGUUGGCUUCUCCUCGUAGGGUGUUUUUCAUUCUUUUUCCCAGUCCCUCUGUUUCCAACCUUAUUCAGUCAUUUCCCUGCAGUUGGCUCUUUUUCUGGUUUCCCUUUGUCUCUUUUGUCAGUUUGGGUUUCCUCUGUAUAAUAAUAUUAAUCCUCUAAUUCUCUGAUUCUUCGGAUUAUUGCUCUGUUCUCUUACGUGCUACACGUGUUUCUCUUACUUCAAGAAAAUGUGUU